AGCUAGUCUGCUCCUCCUCUUCCAUCAUCAUCAUCAGAGAGGAGGGAGGGAGAGAUACACAAACACAAAGAGGGAGAGAGAGGGAGAGAGAGAGAGAGAGAUAGAGAGAGAGAGAGAGAGAGAGAGAGGAGCUGCAUGAUUCAGUCCCCAUCAUUUUGAAGUCAUCACAAAACUUCAAGGAACUCUGACUUGGUGUUUGAAAUGUUUUUGAUUGUUCGCCACAGGCGCGCACACACACACACACUAGUUCGUGUUCACUCGUUCAAUUCGGCUAUAGACAUUUCAUAAUCAAUCCAACACUGAAUUGAAAUGAGUGAGGUGUCAGAUUAAGUCUGAUAACAAGCAUGUCUUGUGUGUGAGGUGGUGGGGCUCACACACAUGCACGCACGCACGCACACACACUGACCAUCUAAUGUGAGUUGCCUAAUUUGAACAAAGCCAGUCAUGUGUUUUAAAUUGUCUAGACUGCUAUUGGUUGGAUACGAGUCAUUCUUUGUAGACUUAAGUUUGUGUAGCUGCAAUCAUACCUCGCGCGCACCGCACACGAGGGUCACGAACUAACGUCAGACAGAAGGUCACCGACUUCUCCUGUCUUCUUCAAGCUCAACGAUUACCCGCUCUCAGGAAGCCCCGAGCCAUAACCAUUGACGUCAAUGGAUUACACGGCUCCCUACGUGGCCGGGGGAGGAGCCGCGACACACCACGCCCCUCAGGUCAAUGGUAGGUCCAGGCUACGGGCCCCUCUCUCCCCCCUCACUCUCUCCCACUCUCUCCCCUUACUCUCUCCCACGCUUUCCCAACCUUUCUCCCCCCCUCUCGGUGGUGCCUCUCCGGCCCGGCUCAUGGACGGCCAGACAUCCUCCCCCCCCCCUCCCCCCCCCUCCUCCUCUGUGGUGGCGGGCCCCUCGGCGGGGCCCCUGUGGCGGCUGAGCGAGCGCCGCAGCAGGAAGGCGGGGGCGGGGAACAUCUUCAUGGGGGUGAACCUGCGCCAGCUGCAGAGGCUGUUCCGGGCGGCUGGGGACCAGGACGCCGAGCGGCGGGCCCAGCUGGUGUGGGGCGGGGGGGACGAGGCGGAGCUGGCCCACGCCCUGGUGGGGCUCCGGACCCGGGGCCGACGCAGGGGCCUCCGGGGGGAGGGCCGCAACGUGCUGGGCUCCCAUUGGCUGCGAGCCUUCAACCACCUCAGGAUCGGGGAGAGCUCCUCCUCACGGCAGAGCAGGAACCAGGAUCUCCUGGAGGAGGCUGGGGUCAAGCCAGAGACCCCCUCCAGGGCUCCAGGGACCCUACCAGGGCCCUCCAGGGGGGGCCAGGGCCUAGCAGGGGCCCCAGAGACAGCGGCCCCAGCCAGGGGAGGCCAGGGCCUGGCAGGGGCCCCAGAGACAGCGGCCCCAGCCAGGGGAGGCCAGGGCCUGGCAGGGGCCCCAGAGACAGCGGCCCCAGCCAGGGGGGGCCAGGGCCUGGCAGGGGCCCCAGAGACAGCGGCCCCAGCCAGGAGGGGCCAGGGCCUGGCAGGGGCCCCAGAGACAGCGGCCCCAGCCAGGAGGGGCCAGGGCCUGGCAGGGGCCCCAGAGACAGCGGCCCCAGCCAGGGGGGGCCCUGGGCUGAAGAAAGCAGGGGAGUGUGACACUGAGAGAUACCUUCACCGCAUCAUCCACUAAGCUGCCCGUGCAGUACCCUCUCAUGCCUUCUGGGACAGGGGGUGAUGGAGCAUUAAGAUGAAGAUGUCACAAAAAAACACAAUGUUUCUUUAGAUACUGGGGGCUUGGAAGCCUGAUAAGACAAGGAAUCUCAUGAGCACCAAAACACUUAACUGUUUUAAUACCUCAGAACCCCCCCAUCUCCCCCUCCCCCCUCAAACCCCUCCCCCCCGCACCAACACCAGGCCCCCAUACCCUGACACACCACCACCCCCGACACGAACAGAGUGGUGAGUGAAACACGGAGCAGCUCAUCAGCCACAUAAGUAAAUCCAGUUGAUUUGUGUCUCUUUCACACUGCGUGCAUACAGAGCUGACGUCUCACUUUCUCAAAUCCGUGCGUCAUGCCCUCCCUGCCACACACGUGCCCUCGUCUGUUCAUCAGCAGAGGACGCCUCUCAGGACCUGCCUUCCUGCCCUCUCCCAGAAAGCAGCUCUGGAUGCUGCAAACACACUUGGGUCUUUUACCACUACUUUACCCCAAAGACCAGAGGCUGUUCUCACUUUUUAGCUUGGGAACUGUCUGGCGUGUGUGUCUGUUUGUGUGUCUGCGUGCGUGUGUGUGUAUUGAUGAAAAAAGUGUUGACUAAGUUCAGUUGAGUUCUGGAUUUUUAAGUAUGUAUGGAAGUAUCAAUUAUCAAUCUGCAGAUUCCGAGAGAAAACCAGACCUCUGACAAUAAACACAACACCAGGCUUAGGUCUCAACCAGGUCUCUCUCAGCUCUGAAGGCCGGUGGACCAUCUUUUAUAGGGUACAAGAAUGUAAACAUAGAUAGUGACAGUCAGGUAGUAAUGGUGUGUCAACAGUCUUAGAGCAAGAGAUUCACAGCUCCCACAGAUGACGCACUCCCCGGGGUCAUCACAAGGCGACAUUUACUCAUUACUUUCUUCUGACCCUGAGGACAUUUACCCAGGGCAUCUAUUCAGCCUGACAAAUAGACACAAUGUACUCUUAUCAAUGGACAUGAGAACAUACUAGUAUCCAAUGACUACUUC